CUUUGAUGUUGUCCUGUCGUAAUCUCUGAAGUUGGUGAGGAGUUGUUGCUUUCAUGUCCCUGCCGAAGGCAGUCCCUCAGUUACCCACAUGUCGGGACUUGAGGGCUUGCUUUGCCGUUUGUUGGAAUUUUUCACCAAUUUUGUAAUUUAAUGAUUUUCCCGAGGGGGUUCUCCAGUCCCCCACUCCUUGAGGCACUUGUAAAGUGGUGAAAAGGAGUAGAGUAGUUGCGUUGCUGUUGUGGGCCGAAGGCUGACGCUUUUCGUUUCAUUUUGGGGGGAUGCCUCAUUAAAAACCUCAUUAGGAAAAACCCUGUGGGAAAAAAAUCCUAAUGAGGGAAAAAGAGUGCACCGAAUACCCCCAAUGAUGAAUCGAAAAUGUGAAACCUUGGUCAAAAAUGGAGAGUAACGGUAAUGCCGAAGGCUCUCUUUUUCUGAGGGCUCAUGUGUUGAUUAGCCGAAGGCCUGCCGUUGAUGUCCUAGGGGGUGCCGAAGGGGAGCCCCUCAAUCUGGGGUUCGAGGGCAUGAUGGAUGAGGGCAGUAAUUGAAUUGUCGCCGGGGGGUCCCCUGCUUGCUGGUUAGUUGGUGAUGAGGAUAUCCGAGGGCUCCCAUUACCUGUGUGCUGUGGGCUAUCCGUCAAGGAGGCAUACUCCCCGGGGGCUACCCGGUCCUCACAAUGCUAAAGGGGAAUCCCCGAGGGGUUCUCUGUCAUGAAGCCUUGGGCUUCUGAAGGAGUGAUCCCGAAGGCGUCUGUUAUGUGCUGUGUGGGGCACAACCUGGGGGCGUCUCUGGGUAAGUGUACCUGGAGGCUCUCCUUGAUGGGGGGGGGAGCGAAGUAGUAAACCCCGGGGCUUCCAGAAUGUAGCCGUUGGAAAUAUAGUCGUUGGAAUAUGUAUCGUCGGGAUAUAGCCGUUGGGGGAGGAGGACACGUGGCGCGUGAUGGUUGGCUGCCCGUGGGCGGCAUCACCGGUUGGGUUAAAACACAGCGCGUAAUGAUGACAAUCCGUCCGGAGGCCCGGAUUCCAGCGCCUAUAAAUACCCCAAGCCAAUGCCAUUCCUCCUUUACGCAUCCAACAUCCUUAGCGAAGCUCUGCCAAAAUUUCUAGAGAGAGAAACAGCAGCCCUCGGUUGAAUCCUUUGUUCUCAAGGUCAGUUCUCCGCUUCCCCUUUACCUCUCUAGCUAGCUGUGCCUUGUGCCCUUAGGUUAGGAGAUAGAAUUUUCUAGGAAAACCUUAGUUCUCCCGAGCCCUCGAGCUAGAGCCAUAAUGUCGUCCCAGAGUGAUUCCCAAGACAUCUCGGGGGCGCCCUCGAUGGAGGAUGAAGUCCUCUCGAAUGUGGAGUCCUCCAGUGCACAGUCCUCGGCCCAGGAGGACGUUGCGAUGGCAGUAGAAGUGCAGAAGGAGCUGCUAGCUGAAGUUGAAGCCAAAGGCUUCGAGCAGGAGGUGGAAGACGAAGAGUUGGCCCUCGCCAUGCAGGUCGCAGAGGAGGAGGAAGAAAAGGAGAGGACGAGGGUGACCGUGGCCGUCCUUCCCCCUCGGGGUGCUGGUGAGGCCAGUACCUUUCAGCCGCUGAACGCAGUUCCCAUCCGGGUGGCCCCCGGGAAGAAGAAGGCCAAGGUAGUUGCCCCCAAGAAGAAGAUCGUUGCUGCCGAUCAGGGGAAACCCAUAGAUAUGCCCGAGGGGUAUUCCUGGCUCAAUACUGCUGCCUUGGAGAUAACAUCGAAGGCGGACAUGGCAGAUCUCUACGUCACGCAGCUACACGUAGGGCCCUCAGCCGUGGUGGUCGAGCCGGGAGUUGACGAUGUGCUGUCUCGGGCGCCCGAGGGGUGUAUUGCAGUACACGUACUGUCGGUCUCCAUGGGCCUUCGGUUCCCUCUGCACCCCUUCCUCCGGGAGUACCUUAGGUUCGUUGGCUUGGUCCCCUGCCAGCUGACACCUAAUAGCCACUCCUACGUGGCGGGUUUUUUGAGCCUCUGCAGGGUCCGAGGGGUGACCCCCAGCCUGGACUUGUUCUUCCAGAGCUUCAACCUCUACCAAGGGGGUCACGCGAAUGCCGAGGGCUUCGCCAACCUGCAGCAGAUAGCCAGGUGGAAGCUAUUUACGGAGGCGCCUUCGUCCAAUAAGGGCUGGAAGGAGCGUUGGUGCUACGUCAGAGUUGCCGAGAACCCAUUUCCGGCGGAACUUCGGGAUCGUUUCCGUCGGCAUCCGAAGGUUGGAAGCGCCGCUCUCGAGAAAGAUGGCCUGAUAAUAGCCAAAAUCCCGGAGGGUCGCACGAAGCAAGUGUCUAUUAAAGAUCACACUGCCGACAAGGAACUCUACGCCCUCGGCUUUCGGAGAUACCGCUUCAUUGGGGAAGCGGACGAGAAGUAUCCCGUUUUUGCUGAGGCCUUCGGGGGAGCAGGAGGUAGUCUACGAGGGCCCUUGGUUUUCAUAUCUUAGCACAUAGUUUAUCUGUUCGGUCUUUUAUUCCUUGUGUCUUCGGUUAGUAACCCCUCGAUUUUAACCCCAUAUUAUUUUUGCAGGUAUCCCAGUGAAAAUGAUGAAUGUCAAGGGGCUCGCAGAUCUGAAGAAGAAAAAACCUUCCAAGGCCCCGAGGGGGACGGAUGCGGGUGCCCCAAAACCCGCCGGUGACUUCUUCAAGAAGCCGGAGGGGCCAUCGGCGGCCCAAAACACUGAUGCAGCUGCCGCUGCCAAGAGGAAAGGCACGGGCAAGGCUCCUGAGAGCAAAAAGCCCAAGACCGGGGACGCCGAGAAGAAAAGCCCCCCGGUGGUCAUUGUUGAUGAUUGCCCCGCCUCCGGGGCGCACGAGGAGAUGUCGGUGGCGAAGGUCCCGGGGGGUGUCCGGGAGCCAUCCUCCGAGGUUCUGACGAUCUCCGUCCCGGUUGGUACGGCUGUGAUGAAUGGCACGGCGGAUCCGAGGGCGCUUCUGAGAGGUAUAACCCUCGAUAUUGACAGGGCAGCCCUCGGGGAUGAUGACGACCAAGCCCUCGAGGACAGGAUCCUCCGGUCUUCCCUUACGACCUGCAUUGCCCUCGGAGAGCAAGCCCGGCGGCUAGAGGAGUGGCGCCUUCGCAAGGCUAAGCAGGAUGCUAAGAUGCGGGAGCUCAUCCGCCAGAAUGCCGAUGCUGUCCGGCAGAUGGCUAUGCUGGAGGAGAGCCUUCGGCAGAUGACCCUGCGGGCGGAGGCCGCAGAUCGGGGCAGGGCGGAGGCUGAGAGGUCCGCAGCUGAGGCUUUGG